UACAUCCCCUCACUCUUUACCUCAAAAAAGUCAGCGCCUUCUUUUGUCUUCUUCUUCUCUCUAAAAAAAGAAAAGAAAAAGUCAAGGAUAAAGCAGAGCAAAAACAGAGAGAGACUAUGGAAGAAGAUUGGGAUCUAAACGCCGUCGUCAGAAGCUGCACCGCCACCACAACCGCCGGCGACAUCAGUUUUACCAACUUCCAACCAAGAACAACAGAUGAUGAUAAUAACAGUAACAAUAACUCUGUAUUUUGCUUUGAAGAUCUGGUUCUCAAACAGAGCCUAGUAUUGAAUAGAAAUAAAAUUAGUGAUGAUUUCGAAGAAUUGCAUCAACUUUGCAAGCCAUUUAUUAAUCAACCAUCCGAAAAAUUAACGGUCAUUUCAUCACAAUCACCGUCGCAACAGCUUACUGAUACGAAAUCAAUUCAACCCAACAGAACUUUAUCAUGUAAUUUACAUGCUCAAAGUCAAACAAUCAAAAGAAGGAAGAACCAUUUAAAGAAAGUAUGUCAAGUAGCUGCUGAUGGUUUAUCUUCUGAUAUGUGGUCUUGGAGAAAAUAUGGACAAAAACCUAUUAAAGGUUCCCCAUACCCAAGGGGAUAUUACAAAUGUAGCACUUCAAAAGGUUGUUUGGCCCGAAAACAAGUGGAGCGGAAUAGAUCCGACCCGAAUAUGUUUAUUGUCACUUAUACAGCUGAGCACAACCAUCCAAUGCCUACUCACAGAAAUUCCUUAGCCGGAAUCAGCCGCCAAAAAACGGUGAAACCCACCGGAUCGUCGCCGGUAUCUUCGCCGGUGACAAAUUCACCGGCACCGGAAAAUCAAGAAAGCAGCAGAGACGAAAAAGAAGAUACUUUUGAAGAUGACGAUGAUGAAUUUGGUGUUUCCGAUGUUGGGUUGGAUAAAAUGGAACCGGAAGAUGAUUUCUUCGACGGUUUGGAUGAAUUGGAAAUCCCGGCCACCGGAGAUAUCUCGCCGGAGAAUUUUCCGGCGAAUUUUCAGUUCCCUUGGCUGGCGAAUAACGCAGCAACUACGGCGGCAGGCGGUCGUUGAUUGCUCUACUACUGAUAAAGGACACGUGGCAGAUUUUUUUUUUUUAAAAUGAUGCUUUUUUUUAUUCUUUUUAGUUUUGUAGUAUUUUUCAUUAUUUUUUUUGUACGUUAGAGAUUGGAAGAUAGAAAAGAAAAAAGAGAAUGUUGAAGUGAGAAACUUUAUUGAAUUUGUAGAUGUAAAGUAUAAUUCCAUUCCCUUAUAUUAUUAUAGAGAAAGAGAUCAUAGGCAUAUAGAGAAAAGGUAACAAAGUGUUUUGAUUGAUUCA